AUGGCUCUGUGGAAAAAGCUGAGGCCCACUGCAUGGCAGUUUUUGGCAGUUUUGCUCACAAUAACCCAACUAACCGGGAUACGAGCGUCUGCACACGUCGAUCGUGAAUACUACAUGGAGGAAGAAAACUAUGGAGAUGAGGUGCUAUAUGCACGCUCAACACCUGAAAGUACCGACUACAUUGUAUCCGUAGUAGAAUUCCAUCCUGAAUCGAUGAAUAUGCCCAUCGAACAACGCACAAAGAUCCACCUCGAUGAGUACAGCCACCUCAUACGAUCUCAUGAAGCAAGGUUAGCAGAUAUCAUCGUAUUCCCGGAGUUGACUCUAAAUUCGCUUUCCGAUACGGUGUUCGUACCGGAACCAAACCAGCACAUCGCGCCAUGCGAUGAUCAUGGUACUAUCCUGGUGGCACUCUCAUGCCUCGCUCGUGAGGUCCAGAAGUACCUUGUGAUUAAUCUGUCCGAGCAGUUUUACCUGCAAAGCCAGGCAGAAACUGUGCGAUACAACACCAAUGUCGUCUUUGAUCGAAACGGAACGGUCAUAGCACGGUAUCGAAAAUUCAACCUAUUCAAGGAACCGGGCACCAGCGUGACAGCAACACCGGAGCUCAUUAGCUUUGAAACAGACUUCGGCGUGCGGUUCGGUGUGUUCACCUGCUUUGACAUUUUGUUCGCAGCACCUACACUUGAGCUAAUUAAACAAGGACUCCGAGAUUUCGUGUUUCCCGCCUUUUGGACGUCGGAACCUCCCUUCCUCACGUCGACGCAAAUCUUCGAGAGCUGGGCAUACGCCACCAAUGCCAACCUUAUUACCUCUGGUACAAACUACGGACCAUCCGGGGCCACCGGUACAGGUGUGUUCAACGGGCGCAAUGGAGCCCUAUUGACACACUAUACUGGCCAGCCAACACGUGCUCUCUACACAGUAAAGGUGCCCAAGUCCGGUACGAAAGAUGUUAAUAGUAGAUAUCACUCGGAUACGAGCGACGUGCUCGAAGUUCCGAUGGUCGAAACGAGCGGACAUAGGCUUCCCGGGUACGAAUUGGAGAACGUCCGCAUGGGUCGGGACUUUCUGGAGCAAUUCACCACGAUCCAACUGAACCCGGUCCGGCAACAUGAUCUCAUCAGCCAGAUCAUCUGCAAUGGAAUGUUUUGCUGUGAUUUCACCGUUAGCCUAAUGAUGGAUACGACGCUCCAACCGACGCACUACUAUCGCCUUGCCGUGUUCGAUGGCGUGCGCACGUUUCAAGGUUUUGCAGAUGCCCACGUGUCUAUCUGCGGCGUUAUUGUCUGUGCGAACCAAAGCAUCACGAGUUGUGGGCUGUUGCUACCUAAAAAUUCCGGAUACAUGCAGUUUAGUGCAAUCUCCAUAUCGGGACAGUUCAUUGCCAACGGGACACUAGCGAUGCCCAACACGCUUGACAUGCGUAUGUACUCGUACGACACCAGUUACUACACAUUUACGUCCCAAAUCAACCACACUUCCAACAUACAGCUCGUAAAUAUGAACCUGACCUCGCCGGUAAGCGAUAUGCAAACAUUCGGCAUUUACGCAUUCAAUCAUAAAAACAUUGAGUUCUACAAUCCCAUCGACGCUCCUGAGGAAAACUCUCCGAAACCUGAUCCAAACGAAGACGAUCAAGGUGGUGCAAGUGGAUUAUUGUACACGCUGUGCAGUAUUUCCGCCCAAGACUACAACUUACAACGGCAUUUAACUGACGGUAUCAAGUCGUGCCAUCGCAAUCCUUAG